GCAGUCGCGCGCUUGCACUCUCAGCGGAGACAACAUUACCCGUCGUACAAGUUCAUUUAUUUGCCGUAUAUCGCGUAUACCUGUUUCUCGCCCCCGUUAUUGUCCGGCCCGAUAAAAGAGAACCCCCCACCCCCGCCCCUUGUUCCCACGUUAACCCCGUUCGCGGUUAACGGCUGGACAUCCCCGUUACGCGUCCAUAUUUAUCGCGUUGCACACAACAACGCGUACAAUAAACUUGACCUCGGGGGGGGGCUUGUGUGUUUCGAAUCGUCGAGUUUUUCUCAACGAUUAUCAAUAAUAAUCAUCGUCGUCGUCGUCGGUUAUAUUAUAUACAGUGACGUGCACGUGUGUAUUAUUAAUACCUUCGUUCAUCGUUGUGUGGUUAUUCGAAAUUUUUUUUUAUUAUUUAUCGUUGUAUUUUUUUUUCUCUAUCUUUCUUUUCGAUGCAUUUGUUUCCAUCGUAAUAUACUCAAGUAUUUCUUUACUUCUCAAUAAUCUGUGUGGGUUUUAUUUUGAAACUGGUUUACAUACGUUCGUCGAGAAGAAUUGUUAAUAACUAACUGUUCUCAAAAGACAGCAUCCCCCUGCAGUAACACGGACUAUCAAUUCAACACACCGACUGGGAUAUCUCGAGAGGAACGGUUGUUAUAUGGUUGUGGAAGCUGAGCUUUUGGCGGAGGGUGAAAGUGCAUCCUUUCGCGGCGAUGUGGCUCAGUGGCGAGACGCGCGGAGGUGAUAACAGCUUCUGACCUUCCGUCUGUUUCUCGUCUGUCCCCCCCGCGUCGCGUGUUUGUGUGUGUGUGUGUGUGUUCUCAAUCCUCGUCAGUCGUCGUUGAUCGGUAUCGUCGCGACGAGUCCGCACGCUGUUCGUAACGAGAGCGCAGUUUUUCACUCGCGUAUAAAAAAAGUGUGCGAGUUUCGUCGUUUAUUUUCAUUGUUUACGUCUUAUUAUUGUUAUUGUUAUAUCCCUCCGACGACUAUAAUCAUCAUCGUCAUCGUCAUCGUCAUCGUCAUCACGAAGCGAUUGAAAUUAUUCUUCCUACAUUUUGUUAAAUCGUUUCUCUCUCCCCGUUCAUCAUCGUUCGUUUCUCUCCGACGAACCGUCAAGACUCUAUUUUCCGCUCUUAUCCCGUUGGUGUUAAAUCGGCAAUAUUCGUAAACCGGUGAAUCUUACGCGCGCGAUAAGAAUGAAAUUUUAAAAAAACAAAUCGUUAAUAUAAAUAACAAACAAACAAACAAACAAACAAACAAACAAACAAACAAAGCAAAACAAAAUAAAACAAAUACCUCAUCAUACCUACAAAGUACCUCUCGUCGUUCGAACCUUCAGCGCAAUAGUGCCUAGGCCCUGUAACUAACGUGAAAAAAAAACAAAACAGAACGAAAAAAAUUUAAACAAAAAAAAAAAAAACAAAUAAAGAAGCAACAAAAUAAAAGAUAAUAGUAAUUUAGUAACGUCUUAACAACACUUUUAAACAGAGAGAAAAGAAGAAACGAACAAAUUAAUUGAAAACAACAUCAUCAUCGAGUGACUUACGUGUACGAGUGAGUGCGAUAGGAGAGAGAGAGAGAGAGAGAGUCGUCGUAUUAAGAGGUCAAGGAUACGGAAGAAGUGUGAAAUAUGAAAAAGAGUUUAAAUUCGACGGAGGAAAGACAGAGAUAAAGUGAAAAGCUAUAUAUUAUAUAUAUAUAUUACAUAUAUAUAUAUAUAGAUAUCAUAUAUAUUUAAGAAAGAAAGGAAAAGAAAACAAACAAACAAACCUAUAUACUAAACAAAUAAUAAUCAAGCAAGCACAUAAUAACAAUAAUAAUAGUCGUAGAUUGAAGAGGAAUGAAAUAAACAAAGUUGUUAACCGCGACAUAAUUCAGGACAGUUGAGUACCUCCAGAUUAUCUAUUUAUUAUAAAAAAAAAAAGAAAAGAAAAUAAAGAAAAAGAGAAACACGCGAUAUUAUUGUCUAUUGAAAACGGUUUAAUAGUAAUGAUAAAUAGUGUACACCGGUUGCAAUAUUCUUUACACGUGCUAUUUUAAUAAAUUAAAAAAAAAAAAAAAAAAGAACAAACAAACAAAAAAGAAACAGUGAAAGAAAACCACAACAAUAUUCAUGAUAACAAAUGUAAACGGUAUUAAACGGUAUACAUAUAACUAAAGUUUUAAUAUAUCUACAAGAAUAACGAUAUUAAUAUUAAUAUUAUCAUUAUUAUUAUUAUUAUUAUAAUUAACACUACAACAGAAACUAUCGAAAAUCCCUUCCUCCCCCCUACGUCGGUCUACCUUAAAGAUACACCGAUCGUAUUUACCUCGCAACCCGUGGUAUAGGUCUAAGGAGAUAUCAUCGGUAUCGAGUACGACAAAGAUGCGUUAGAAAACUAACGUUUGUUAAGCAACAUCGAAAAGAGGUUGAACAGUAACAAAAGUUAUCACGAAUCAGCCCUCGACGUAUUCGGCGAGUGAAGUGCGAGAAAGGUAAUCCCCGAUAAAGUGACGCGUGCAGUUUCAUCAGGCUCUGGCGCGAGUGAAAAGAAAAAGAAAAAGAAGAAGAAGAAGAAGACGAAGAAGAAGAAGAAGCGACAGUGGAGAACGCGGCCGCGGGAUGUAAACGUCCGAGAAUGAAAAGAAGGGACGAUUUAUCACCACCAAGUUCUUUGAACGGGUACAGCGCGGACAGCUGUGACGCUAAAAAGAAAAAGGGACCGACGCCGCGGCAGCAAGAAGAAUUGUGCCUGGUUUGUGGGGACCGAGCCUCGGGUUACCACUAUAACGCCCUCACGUGCGAGGGUUGCAAGGGUUUCUUCAGGCGAAGCAUAACGAAGAACGCUGUCUAUCAGUGCAAGUAUGGAAAUAACUGCGAGAUUGAUAUGUACAUGCGUAGAAAGUGUCAGGAGUGCAGGCUGAAGAAGUGUCUUACCGUUGGAAUGCGGCCCGAAUGCGUCGUACCCGAGUAUCAAUGCGCGGUCAAGCGCAAGGAGAAGAAGGCCCAGAAGGUAGGGGAAAAGGACAAACCAAACAGUACAACGAUGAACGGAUCGCCCGGAAGCCUCAGCGGCAUGGGCGCCGAUCAGAUGGGGGUCAAGCUCGAACCGGCAGAGACCGAAAACCUUCCGAUGCUCGGGAGCAGCAGCAGUUCGAACGUCCAUUCCCACAACGGGAUAAAACCCGUCAGUCCGGAGCAGGAGGAACUUAUCCACAGGCUCGUUUACUUUCAGAACGAGUACGAACAACCUAACAAAGAGGAUGUCAUACGAAUCACGAACGAACCCAAUGAAGGAGAAGACCAGAGUGACACGAGGUUCAGGCAUAUCACCGAGAUAACGAUAUUGACGGUGCAGCUGAUUGUCGAGUUUGCGAAAAGGUUACCCGGGUUUGACAAACUAUUACGCGAGGAUCAAAUAGCCCUCCUCAAGGCCUGCUCAAGCGAAGUUAUGAUGCUGAGGAUGGCGAGGAGCUACGACGCUGUGUCUGACAGUAUCGUAUUCGCGAAUAACCAACCCUAUGGCAAAGACAGCUAUAGCCUCGCCGGAAUGGGCGAAACAGUUGACGAUCUCCUAAGAUUUUGCCGGCAGAUGUUCGCGAUGAAGGUCGACAACGCCGAGUACGCCUUGCUUACGGCCAUCGUUAUUUUUGCCGAAAGGCCAUCUUUGGUCGAAGGAUGGAAGGUGGAGAAAAUACAGGAGAUCUACCUCGAGGCGUUGAAGGCCUAUGUUGACAAUCGGCGGAGGCCAAAGUCGGGGAUGAUAUUUGCUAAGCUCCUAUCCGUUCUCACGGAACUGCGAACGCUUGGUAACCAGAACAGCGAGUUGUGCACAAGCCUGAAAUUGAAAAACAAGAAGCUGCCUCCCUUUCUUACCGAGAUCUGGGACGUGAUACCUUAGUUUGUUUUGUGGUUUUUUUUUUUUUUUUUCAUCCGAUUUUUAGUGUCUUUCUUUUUAAAUUUUUAUUUGUCUUCUCAAUAUUAGCCGUCACGUUGGCUACUACUGUAUGCGUCCCACGGCGCCGUGACUUUUAUAAUAGUGCGCCGCUAUUGGGAACGAAUAAUAAAUACGAAGGUCACGUUUUUUGAAAUUGUCAUAUUACACUGUAAUAUGUAACUACUUUUGCGGAAAUUUUUUCUUUUCUUUUUUUUUUUCUUUUCCCAAAAAAAGGGUUCGUUUAUUCGUACAUGUAUGCAAUCUAGCGAAAUGUGGUGUGAUGAUGAUCACUUUUCUAUUUUUAUUUAUUUUUAUUUUUUUCAAAUUGCAUUCCUUCACUACCGCCGUGUAUAGGUUGAUACCGCGACGAGAGAAGUUUUUCGUUCCCAAUGCCGCUGUCUCUGAGUGCCGUUGUUUCGUGGAAUUAAUUCGCAUACCUGAUACCUGCAAACAAUAAUAAUUUUGGAGGACUAUGAUUUGAAAAAAAUCAACUUCUACGAGAAACCGAGUGUAUUUUAGUGCAAUUCGGCGAUAAAGGAAGCGAGAACGGUUUGGAAAGGAGACGAGACAGUGGCGAGGCACGCAGGCUGUGAUACGUAGAGACAGUACCGAG